CCCCAGAAGCUGAGCCACCCCCCUCAGGUGCACAAAGAUGACCAACCCAACGGAGGAUUGCACACAGAGUCAGACACAACACUUCCCGGAAUCUCAGUUGGCAUCACAAGCAACUGUCGUCACUGAAGUCACCAGACAUCCGUGGGGGCGCGUUUUUGUGCAGAAAAUGCGCGCCCCCAGGCAAUUGGAGGCCUCCACCACACAGUGCUACCUCAAUGAGUAUCGCAAUGAUGGAAAUGGUGCUUUUCACGAUCUCUUCGACGAGGAGUGGUCAGUUGGUCGUGAAGGUGCUCACAGUUCGUGUCUGAGUUUCACCAUCACGAAGUGUGAAAUGCCACAGGGUGAAUUGCUGAAGCUCAGCAAAGUACACUUUGUCAUCCGUCGGGAUCUUCGGCAUCCCUUCAAUCCACCCAUCCUGGAGGAUCGCAGCACCAAUGGCACAUUCCUGGAGGCGUCGCGUGUCGGCAAAGGACAGAGUCGCGUGUUGCGCAACGGUGACUUUAUCAGUGUUCUCACGCCAAAAUUCUACCUCUUUCGCUUCUACGAUCUCAACAUCAACUUCACCGUGGCGGAUUUACCGCCGGAAAUUGGUCAACACUACUAUGUGGGUCACAAGUUGGGCGCCGGUGGCUGUGGUGAGGUGAUAAAAGUCUUUCACGUGCGCUCAUGCACGCCGUACGCCAUGAAGAUCGUGAAGAAGUGCCAAUUCAGCGAAGCACCAGGACGCGCCAGCAGUCAAAGAGUGUUGAAUGAGAUUGAGAUUAUGAAGCGUCUCAAGCAUCCGUGUGUGAUUGUGAUGCAUGAGAUUAUCAAUCGACCAGAGGCGGUGUUUAUGUUUCUGGAGUUGAUGAAUGGUGGUGAUUUGUGUCAACGCAUCACGACGCAUCCGCGCAAGCGAUUGCCUGAGAAUCUGGCCAGACUCUAUUUCCUCCAAACUUGCUAUGCUGUGCGCUAUUUGCACGCCCAGAACAUCACACAUCGUGACCUGAAGCCGGAGAAUAUUCUACUUGCCACCGAUGACGAUGUGACGCUGGUGAAAGUGACGGAUUUUGGACUGAGCAAAUUCGUGCAGAAGGACAGCAUCAUGAAGACAAUGUGCGGCACGCCACAAUAUGUGGCGCCGGAAGUGUUGAACAGCGAUGCCGGCGCGUACACGGAAAAGGUGGACAUUUGGAGUCUCGGCGUGCUUCUUUACACGGCCGUUUGUGGGGAUUUUCCCUUUGUUCUGCGCAACGGACGGCGUCUGAUGACGUCGAGUUCGUGCUUCCGGACACUGAGCAAAGAUGUGCAAGUGUUGAUCUUCGAUUGUCUGCGCGCCGCCGUGGAGAAACGUCCAUCAAUUGAGGAUGUGUUGAAGUACAAGUGGAUGACGGACGAACGCACGCGACUUGCCGCCGCACAGCUGAUGGACAACGGCAGUCCGCCGCGCCAGAACCGCCGAAGUGGUGACUCUGCACAGCCGCCGCGCGUCCAGAGUAGCGUCACGGCCACGACGCCGGUUUAUGAGCUGUCCGAUGAGCAAUUCAUGGAGCCGCCGGCGAAGAGAAUUCGCGUGGAUUACAAUUGACACGAUCACCAAAUUUUACACCACUUUUUUUUUAAAAUACCUCUGAAGAAAAAAUUUUGUGAUCCCGAGAGAAAUAUGUUUUGUUCAUCCACAAUUUUCAUGGAUAACUUCGAUUGUGUUUAUAAAAUUUACAAAUACACUUGUGUUCUUGAGCCCUUUUAUGGCUCACUUUUUUUUUGACUCUCUCUCUCUUCGUGAUGAGAAAAGUGCCUUUUUGACAAUAAAAAAAAAACAAUUGAGAAGCACGAUAUUAAUAUGAAUGUGUUGUUUAUCAUUGUUAUCUUCACAGCCUUUUGUAAAUUCAAUAUCACGCGACGAAAGCAGGGAAAAAAGGGUGAUUUGAAGUGACUUUUUUCAAUUUCGAGAGUUUUCUCUCAUCAAAAACUGAUUUCUGAGUCGUUGCAACUUUACGGAUUUCGCAUUUCAGUUC